AUGGCUUUCAAUAAGAAAUAUGCCGGUCUACCUGACUUGGACCCUUCCCCAGAUAUCUAUGAAACCCCCGACUUGACCGACGAAGCGUCAACCGUCCCCACUGGCACUAUCCGCACAGAGUCCGACCAUGACGACGCCGGUUCCAACUCCGACAUUGACCGUGAGGGCGUCAACGCCGACCAGGCGCGCAUGCACUUUAUGGGCGCGGCCGUGGACGCCCGUGAUGCCAAUUUCUCCGAUAGUAUCUCCAUGAAGAGACAGGCAUAUCGGAGCAAAGAUAUGAACCGUCGCCGGCGCCGGAGACGCGCAGAUGGGACAGAGGAGGUCGGCGACCUAAGUGACAGCGAGGACGAGUCGCUGGAGCGAAGACUUGCCCGGCUACGGAGGGAAGUCGAAGAUCUCAAGGUGGAGAUGGCCAAUCAGCCUAAGGACGAGGAGGUGACAAAUAAACAGUCACAGGGUACAUCGGCUGAAAAGCCUAGCGUGAGCUUGAGUGAUGGCGUUGCGGAACUCAGCCGUGCGUUGGACAAUUUGCAUGCCUCGCGGGGUGCGGCGACGCCAUCGCAUUCGGCGGCAGCGUUUUUGUCCCAGAAACUUGGGUCCGGAGCUGCGCCAGAUGCAAACACACAAGCGUCAGGCGCUACAACAGCCCCAGCAGUGCCGCAACAGGUUGCCUCUGCGGGUAUCCUCUCCCAUGCAGCCGCAUUUGAUGGCCGCCUCGCGCUUCUCGAAAGCUCUAUGGGCAUUUCGAGCUCCUCAAACCCCUUCGUCGCUGACGGCGUCAACGACAAUACACCACACCCCGUCCUACCAGCCCUGGACCAACUCACUUCCCGCCUAUCAGCCCUUACCGGUCUCCUAGUCGGCACGAACCCAGCAUCCGCCGGUCCAGGGGCACCAGCCAGCGGCCCAGGAAUCACCACCCCGCAUCUCGAAGCCCUCUCCACCCGCGUGCGCAAAUUAACCACAGACGCCGAAGCCCUCACCGCAGCCCGCAGAAAAGCAUUCGACGCCGCGAAAGCCGCGCACAACGCCCGCCUGGCAAGUUCCGACGCCGAUCUGCCUGUCCCCGAUACUUCCGCAGACGACGAACACACAGCCAAAAUCCAAGCACUCUACGCUACCCUCCCAACCAUACAGUCUCUCCACCCAUUGCUCCCCAGCGUCCUCGAGCGUCUGCGUUCCCUCCGCGCGUGCCAUGCUGGCGCAGCCCACGCAGCGGACUCGCUUAACGAGCUGGAAAAGCGGCACGCCGAAAUGGCAUCGGAGAUCGAGCAGUGGCGCGAAGGCCUGACGGUUGUGGAGGAGAAAAUGAGCCAGGGUGAAGCAGCUCUGCGCUCGAAUGUCGAGACUGUUGAGCCCUGGGUGCGGGACUUGGAGUCUCGUCUAGCGCGUCUGGAAGGGCCUGCGCUGUGA